GGACUGCUCGGGCCUGAUCUUAACUGCAAAGAUUUCUUUUUAGUUGUUUAUUUUUAUUUUUAUUUUUUCAAUUAUUUUUCUUUUUUGACGAUAAAUUAUUUUUUUCUUUCUAUCAUUCUCAUUUUGGAGUAAAUAAAGGGCAAAACGAGAAACGAAAUAAUUAAAGAAAAGAGCAUAAAUAUCCACCCAAACCAGUAUCUUUGUUUUCACUUUUCAUAUUUAUUAUUUUAUUUUUUGAUAAAUAAAAAUCUCUAUGAACCAAGCAGUUUAUACUUUUUAUUAAUAUUAAUUUAUGAUCAAAAUGGUUUAUUUCCUUUUUUGGUUGGCGUCUUCGUUCGGCGACUAACUAAGUCAGUUCCGUCUCCGGCGCUCGUGUCAGAUCGAUUUUCGUCUUAAAACCCUAGAAAUUGAGUCUCAGCUUCUUCCGUCUCUGUCGCCUACGAGGGAGGGCGAUGCUGCAGGAUGGUGCUGAGAAACCGAUCUGGAUCUCGAGUAGGUUCUCAGAUGACGAGGCUCCCGCCAGGCGUGAAUUGCUGAGCAUGGUGAAAAAACAUUCCAACCUGUUGGGUGAGUCAGUUCAUGAUCUAUUAGAUGCUUCUGAUGUUGAAAUGGAUGAUGAGUUUUGGCAUGAGGUUCUGGAUUUCUAUUUUAUACGUGGGAGGGUAUCAAAGGGACGUCAGGAGGAUGAUCUUCUUUUUUUUGUUAGAAGCACGAGCAUGAAUGGAUAUGGCUCUGGUGAUGCUAAGGAAGACAAUUCUCCUUUCUUUGUCCGUAGAUGGGGCCCUGAGCUGGAGAGAGUAAUUGGUGAAAGUUCAGCAUGCGUUGAUUGGAGGCGUAGUUUUUACUUGAAUUUGAUUGCUCACACAUCAUUUCGAGUGACAGUUGCAAUUUGCAAUAAACAAGAUCUGGAGAAACAUCAAAGUGGACAGGAAACUUCACUAUCAUCGAUAUACAAGGUGGUAAAGACUGUCUAUGCGUCUCCUAGCCGUGUUAACUUUCACUUGGAUCACAGAAAGGCUGUGGAAACUUUGCCUGCCUACCCAAAUAUCUGUUUUUCGGUUGAUGAUUUUGAUGAUACCUUCGAUGCUGUGGUUUUGUCAGAAAGAGAUCACUGUUACUGUGUACUUCUCAAUGCACACAAUGGGGCAGCUUUUCCAUCAGACAAUGAUCUCACGGAUGUCCCAGAGUUCAACUCUAGUAGGCUUGUUGAUGUUGACAAAGAUUCUGAACAAGACAAACCUUCACAGCUUACUCUCUUCUCAGGAUUUGUUAGCUAUCAGAUGGUUAGAGAAGCAUAUGAUGCUGGAAGGUCUAGAUUUGGAAGCCUUCUGUCAAUGGGCCAUGGUCAGCCAAAUACUGACAGGAUUUACAUGAGAGGUCCUGGAGGUCGUGGGGAAGUUGAAGUUGCUGUUUCUGGAAUAGCUGAUCAAAGCAACCAACACUCGGAACUUCUUUCAACAUCUCAAUUAUCCAGUAAAGGUUCAGGUAUCAGCUUAGCAACAAUUCUCCACAGAGCUGCAUCAGCUGCUUCUGUGUUAGCUAAGCAGGCUUAUGCUGCCUCCUCGCCUAAUAAUCAAGCUGACCUUGAACUUCUACCUCUCAAGUGUUGCCUGAUGUCCAUCUCAUUGCCUUGGGAGCAUAUUGCACAUGACUUGUUAUUCAAGGUUAAGCCCCCUGUGAAUUUGUAGAUAAUCAGCCCUAUUGAUAACAAUUGGGUACCUGCUGGAACCAGGGCCAAAUCCGCAAUCUGCUGAUUAUUAAGAAGUGUAACAAUGGAGGAAGUAGUGUGAUGCAAUGACUCCAAGUGUGCCUCCUGCUAUGUCAAUGCCUUUUGUCAUUUUAUUUGACUUGGUAUUGUAACAACUCCCUAUACUAAGAACAGCUGAUCAAGCAUGUGUGCUAUAGUCAGUUGGUAUCAAACGCCAUGCAGGUGCUGUAAAUUUGUCCACCAAAAAUGAGCCUGCACACACAAAAAACAAGGCAUUGCCUACUUGCACAUUUCUGUAUUAAUUUAUUUUAGGAUCCUUUUUUCAAUAAAAACGUUUGUUGGUUUA